ACGAGAAGAGAGCAGGAGAACAAUGGCAGGGGGGAAUUUAUGAAAUAAGCGAGUGUGUUUAUGCAUAGGGGAAAGUGAGGUCGAGAGAGAGAGAGAGCGAGAGCGAGCUCUUUCCUUCUGCCCUUGAGCGCCUAGGACAACCGAAAUCGCAAAAAGUAACGGAACAUUAAUUGAGGCAGUACCACUUCUAGAAAAAGUAUUGAAAUAUAAUAUAUUUCGAACAAGAAGUCAACUAUUGUGCGUACGGGAUGUAUAGGAUACCAUCCUAACGUACUGCUUUCCUCAAAGUAUAAAAACAGAAGGGAAACAAACAGAAGGGGAGAGCAUCUCAUCUAAUCCUCUUACAGAAGGGAAUACGGUAACGUUAAGCUUUAUUUCAACGACGAACCAAUGCUGAGGCUUUUGAAUGCUGAUAACACUUUUGCAAAGGAUGCACCCAUGACAGAAUGAUCAUAUUUUCCCGGAGCAAUUUGCCAACGAUGGAGCAUGUAAAUACUUCCUUUGACUGACGUGAAAACACAACAAAAUCUCAUCUAGAGAGCUUCUGAGUGGACAGCGGGAAUAUUCUCAAUGCUCUACUCAUGGACAUAUCGAUUGCUUUUAGCAUGGCUUGCCUGGAGUGCCAAAGGGGGUCGAUCUGAGAAAGAUUUAGCGUUGUAUACAUUUCUAAUAAAAUAAGUUAUUGUAACUAUAAUUUAAAGUAAUAGUUUAAUGUGAAUUGUUUUUAACAUAAGAUAACAAAUACUUCAAAACAAAAGUGUAACUUAUUUAGGCAGGCAUACAUUUGUAUACAAAACCAGCAGAGUUGUAAGGCUGUAUCCUGCAAGCGGCAGGUGUCUCUCCCAACAUGAAAACCAACCGGAUUCCAAGCUGAUCCUCUCCCUGUGUGGACCGACGGUGGCACCACUUCCCUCUUCCCUCCGGACUCUCGGUCUUGGACCAUGGGUGUGGUCUCUACGAGUGCCAUGCUCUCACAGGUGCUUUUUCAUUUGCACUUUGUUACUCUGACCCUUGGCCAGUAUGACAUAUGCAAGUCGCUGUUUAGUACGGACGAUGGACCAACAUGGGAGUUUUAUGCGUGCCAGCCAAAACCAAUGGCUAUGAAGGAGUUCGUGCAAAUUAGGGUGGAUCCUCCUGGCAUCACUUGCGGCAACCCCCCGGAGAGGUUCUGUACCCUGGAGAACCCCUACCUGUGUAGUGACGAGUGUGACGCCUCCAACCCAGACCUGGCUCACCCUCCCCAGCUGAUGCAGGAUCGUGAGCGCAGCGGCCUCAUCACCUAUUGGCAGACGGUGACAUGGAGCCGCUACCCGGAGCCCCUGCUGGCCAACAUCUCCCUGGCCUGGAACAAGAGCCUGGAGUUGACCGACGACAUUCAGGUCACCUUCGAGUAUGGCCGCCCCACCAUGAUGGUGCUGGACAAGUCCCUAGACAAAGGGCGCACCUGGCAGCCCUACCAGUUCUACGCCGACGACUGCAUGGAAGCCUUCGGCAUGCCCGCGAAGCGGGUGCAGGACCUGUCGGCCACCAAUGUGACGCGGGUCAUCUGCACAGAGCAGUACUCUCGCUGGGUGGGCUCCAAGAACGAGAAGGUGCUGCGCUUCGAGGUGAUGGCACGCUUCACUAUCUUCACGGGGCCCAAGCUGCUCAACAUGGACAGUCUGUACACACGCAUGGAGAGUAUGAAGGGCCUGAGGGACUUCUUCACAUUCACCAACCUGAGACUGAGGCUGCUGAGGCCGGCCCUGGGGGGAACCUACGUCCAGAAAGACAACCUCCUCAAAUACUUCUACGCCAUCUCCAACAUAGAGGUACCAGCCAGGUGUAAGUGUAACCUCCAUGCUGGCCAGUGCACCUUUCGGGAGGGAAGCCUGCAGUGUGACUGUGAGCACAAUACGACGGGCCAGGACUGCACUCGCUGUGAGAGGGGCUUCAAAGCCAAGUCAUGGAAACCUGGAUCCUACCUACCCACCCCCAACGGAUCCCCCAAUACCUGUGAUGCUGCUGGGACUCUUGGCAACAUCACCACCUUCACUGACAUAGUGACAGCUGUGGUGGGUCCCACAUCCAGCACAAAGCUCAGUGACUCCCUAACUGACACACCAGUGCUGCUUCUGGCAACAGAUCAAACUUCUGUGCCAGCCACGAUACCAGCCACUCUUCCAGCCAGUAUGUCAGACACUGUGCCAGUCUCUGCCAGUCCCGACCAGACAGACAGUCCAUCCUUAACCACAGUGAACUUGCCCCCAAUGGAGGUAAAUCCCCCCAUAACCACAAUGAGAGCGCAGCCAAAAGGUAAGUACCCUGAAACACCAGAGGAAUCACUGACCUCUGACCUCUCACCCUUACACUACAUGAGCUUUAACACCUCAAAUAAUACUUUUUUCUCCAAAUGUCUUUUGAUAUUGUUCAGGGAUCUAAAUGUAUGAAUAUUGGUUAGACUAUUCUUGAAACACAUCCACUUUGGACAUAUCGAUGGUCACAUGGAUUUUCUGUGACUUAAUCAUUUAGUACAUUUUACAAAAGUUUGGGACUAUAAGAAUAGCAAAGCAAACCUGGGUUAUGAUACCAUAAAACAUCAUAACUGACUAGCAAUUUUACAUUGAUGUAAUAAUAGAAAUGUUGAUUGUUGUGCUUCAUCCGUGUUAACUAAUGAGAGCAAUACAAGACGGGACACAAGUGAUGAACUGAGCACAGUGGCGUAAUAGUGUUUGUGAUCUUACUCCUCCUAAAACACUUUGACCGUCUCACAAUCUGUGUCUCGUAAACCAUCUGUUUUAAACCGUCUUGCCUGUAAGCAAAACUGAGACCAGGGGUUAACAGCAGAUUAAACUGUGGUUUAAUGGGAACAGUCAAGUGACGCACUGGGUCCUUGAAACAGACGCGUAAGAGAGACCGGCAGGAGAAACAAAACGUCUUCGUUAUUUGGCAGAGGAAGCCCAAAGAAGCCUGUAGACUGUCAUAUUUACCCCUUUUAACCUCUCCCAGUGUGAAUCAGGUCUGCCAGAGGCCAUAGAGUGCCUUAUUCUCCCCAGAGGUUGCACUGGGGUAAAGAGAUUAAACAUGAUUACUGGGCUAAAGUAGUCCUGAAGGCAAGGUAUGGUAUAAGGGCCAUGAUUACUGACCUCUUAACAUCUCCAUGUGCUAGGCUACUUACACUUUAGGAUUCCCUGUCUGGUGCCAGCUACUAGCUUAGUAGUGUCCCUCAGUGCCAGGUUGGAGUAUUAGAACAGAGCCUUGCUGUUGUAUUCACUGUACAAAUGCUACAUUAAAGAGACAGUGAAUGUGGGAGUGAAUUUGGGUGUUUGGAGAGUAUGGAAUGCAUACUUUGAGAGGACCAAUGAUAAAAAAGUUUAAGUCGUGAUAUCAUUCCAUGCUGUGUUUUGGUCUAUUGACAGAGACGUUUUGGGUAAAAAAAAAAAAAAUACAGAAGGUGAGAAGUUGGCCAAGUGUUUUCUACUCUCUUGUUUGGAAGAUAAAAUACCCAGCAGGCUCACUAUCCCUCAGGCUCUGGCAGCAUGUUGAGUUCAUCCCAGGGCUUUCCAGAACACAGAUUAAACUGCCUACUUUGAUUCCCUCGGGAAUGUUUGAUAGGAAAAGGAAUGCAACAGAACAUUUCACACCACCUGCGAUAGAAUGGCACCAAAGUGCUUUGUGGCGUUUGACUUUUGAAUCAAAUGGUCAUUCUGUUUGUUGCUCUCUUACCGCCUUCCUCCUGCCGAGCAAGGGUCUGAUGAUAUCCACUGUUCACAAGGAAAGUGCUGCCACUGGACACAAUCAGCAGCCAGGAGAGAUAAAUCAUUCAAAAACACUAUCAUUUGUGUAGCAUCAUCUUUUUCUGGAGCACAGCAUCGAGCCAGCAAUACUGGUGCUGGGGGCCAAAGCUCAAGCCUUUUCUGAUCUAUUUCUGAAUACCAAUUGAAUGAACAGCUGCUAAAUAUUUCACAAGCCGGGAGAAGACAGGUCGUGGUAAGGGAGAGCAAACCAGGCAAGUUACGGAGCCUGUGGAGAUAGAUACAGUAGAUAGAUACAUGAAACCAUAACAGGAUGGAGGCACGGAGCCGUGUCCUUGAGGAGUAGCCACAGGGCAGAUGCAGGGGAAGUGAUGAUAUCUGGGCAUGGGGUAUCCCAUUUCUACUGAUACUGACAGAAAUAGGGGAAAGUUGAAUGCUGUAGAUAUCACAAGACGAUGCCAGCGAGCCAACAUCAAAAUAUUAUAAAUAUAGCGGUGCAGUGGUUAGUAUGCCAUCUUAACAACUGAUUGGUGUGAUUUUUUUCUGUACACAAUUGCAGUUACUGAAUCAUCUGAUGCAGCUGAUGCCACAUCUGACUCAGUCACACCAUCAUCUGAUGCAACCACUCCAACAUCAGUUGGAUUUGCUCUCACACCUGACAGCACAACGACAACUUCUUACACAGUGACUUCUGACACCAGUACCACAGCAUCUGACACAAGUACUACUACAUCUGACACAAGUACGGCUACAUCUGAAACAAGUACUACAACAUCUGCAACAAGUACUACAACAUCUGAAACAAGUACUACUACAUCUGAAACAAGUACUACUACAUCUGACACAAGUACCACAGCAUCUGACACAAGUACCACAGCAUCUGACACAAGUACCACAGCAUCUGACACAAGUACCACAGCAUCUGACACAAGUACUACAGCAUCUGACACAAGUACCACAGCAUCUGACACAAGUACCACAGCAUCUGACACAAGUACCACAGCAUCUGACACAAGUACCACAGCAUCUGACACAAUUACCACAGCAUCUGACACAAG